ACUUGAAUUUUAGUUUUUACGAAGGUUUUGUUACGAAUUACUCUCGUCUGGACGUGUUGUUUGACACGAUCCCAAACCUCAUUAUCAAGUUCUUCCACCACUUACUACCUCGUCAUCCUCGCAUGCGCAACGCUUAACUUCAGCAUAAUUUUUACAGUUUCAAUAUUCUGCAAUUUGAUAUAUUACAAGCGACGCAAGGAUCAGCAUGUGUUAGCAGCCUGCCAAUUAUAUUUAAAAUCUCUUGCAUAAAAAUCCUCAUUCAACUCAGCACUAAACCUUGAAAGCCUUCCCGUGUAAAAUCCAACUACGUAACCGGUCUUCACACAGCCUCAUGAAUCCUUUUGUUAAAAUGCAAUGUCCUUCAUAUUAAAAUGUCCUAUAUGCAUGAUUUACGCCUGUUGAUAUUAGCGAUCCAAUGAAAGUUGAAAUUAAUGUUUUUUUUUAAGUCAGCCACUAAGCGGGUUUGUUCAGCUGAAGAGCACUACCCACUCUUUAAUACAAUAAACUCUCUUCUUAAUAAAAACCUGUUUAGCUUUACAGCAAAGAGUUCCCGGACUUGACUAAUUUAAAUCGCCAUCGUGACAGAACCCGAGUUUUUCCUCGCGUAGCACGAGAAUAUUCUCAUCAUUUCUGUACAUCCAAGCAAAUGGAUAUCUUUGUUACAAUUAUAGCUUGCGUCUCCAUUUUAAUUCUCCUUUGCAAUGUUGUUGGCAACGUUCUCGUCAUUGCAGUUAUUAAGAGAAACAAGGAACUAAAUAAUGCAAACACGUGCCUGCUGGCCAACCUCGCGUCUUCGGAUUUGUUGUUCACCGUUUUUACAUGCGUGGACAUAUUUCUACUCUCAGACCAGGUUGUUUAUUCCUUUGCAGAAUUCAUCUUCCACGCUUUGGCUUCCAUUUACAUGUUGGUUGCCCUGGCAGUGGAGAGGUAUUGUGCGAUUCUGAAGCCUUUUGUGCACUUGACAAGAGCGGUGAAAUCUCUGCUGUGGAAAGUUAUUAUCGUGAUAUGGAUUUUCGCUGGUGUUUUGAGUGCGCCGGGAUACGCUAUCACCUUUUUAAGUGAACAACACACCUGGAAAAACGCCGCUAUCAUGAAUGGGACAAAUGAAAUGCCCGUUUGGAUUGAAACUCUUAACAUAACCUACCGUUUUGUGCUCCUCGUGUUUGGUCUUGUUUUACCGAGCGCUGUGACGAUUUUCUGCUAUUCUCGGGUUAUUUAUCACCUCUGGUUCAAUACUGGAGCCGACAGAACGACAAAUACUACACUUUUACAGUCACGACGCAAAUUAACAAAACUUUUUAUCUUCGUUACCAUAACAUUCAUAGUUACUUGGACUCCUACAUUUGGAAGACUUAUCGUUACACUGUUUGUGGAUAUCAGAGAAGCCUGGAAGUUCGAGUUGUUUUCUGUUUUACUUGCCAUGGCUGGUUCAACAGCUAACCCAGUGAUUUACUCAUUUCGCUGUCCGAGAUUUCGACAAGAAGUCGUCAAACUACUGGCUUUUUGUUGUUGCAGAAGAAAGAGAUUGCCAAGCAUUACCAGGUCGUUUAUCAAGGCAAACGACUAUUCACUGACGGAUAUUAAGAGGACCUGCACACGAUCUGCAAUUGUUCCUCUUUCAAUUUCUUUAGGUGUUACGAGCAGCUUUCAAUUGAGUAAUGGUCCUGGCCAAUCACAAUAGGCAAUUUCCGAGUUGCCAUUUGCCUCUGUGUCAAAACGAGUCUUUGUGCGAAACAAUUCAUAUGACAACGAGUUCUUCGUUCGGGUUCAUUUUCAUGCAAAUCAAACUCAUUUUCAUAUGAAAGGUUUUGCACUUGGAUUCGUUUUGAAACAGAGACACGUAUUACACAGUCAAUCCACUAAAUCAAUCAAAACUCAAAGCAGACACAUGUAGCCGACGCAAAGCGCGGGAAAACUUGUGCAAGCGAGUAACGUUUGGUUUUCAUCUUAGUUCUGAUUGCCAGGUGACAAAGUGGCGCGAGUUUUUUAAGCCAAUCGCUAAGUGUAGUAACACAAAACCAAAGCAAGUGCAAAUUUCUUUCGACACUCAAGUGAAAACCGCUCUAAAUUCUAUUGAAUUAUCACUGAGUCUGUGAGUCAUUUUACUGAGCGGGUAGAUUAUAAAUUAAAGCAUUGCAGUGUAGGUAGCAUUCUCCAUACAUUCCAUAGGCUUUGAGUGUGCACGGAACGCUCACAGGGCGCACUAGUUGUUUGUACAUAAUGCUUGGCUUGUAGGAGUGAGCGCUUCAAGUCUUGAAUGCGAACAAGGAGUGUAUGCCUUGUUCGUUCUGCCAACAUGCAUAAGAGGAGAGAGAGAGGUAAAUCAAAAACGGAGACGAAGGUUGACAUUGAUGUAAAACACGGACCGAGUAGUGACGUUAUGAAGGCGAAUGAUAAUGAAGGAGCACAAUGUGAUAACGAUGACAUGGCUAUGAAAGACCUUUCUGACGAAGGCAAGCCACCAUUGCCCCCUCCACUAACCCAGCCUCCAUCCGCUACCAUGGAACUGCGUCAAGGAAAGUCAGUGAUUGGCGGACGGAAGGGUUUAGAGAAUCGACGUUUCAUCAGGAGCCACAAUCGGGGACGGAGACCGUAAGUGCGCGCUAUUUCUAGUAUUAGGGCUGUCCCUAUGAUACGAGACGAUUUUCUAUUUUUAAAACAAAUUGCGCCAUCAUGUGCGGUACACGCGCGUACACGCUGCGAAGAUUUUUGCGGAUGUAGCGCGGGGAAAUGGCGUCGGAAAUUCCCGAAAUGUUUGGUACUUUUGGCCCAUAACUUGAUACGUUCAUGUCUGUUGGAAUUUUACUUCAGUAUUUUCGUCUUAAGCUGC